AUGGAAUACAAACAAAACACAUUUAGAUCAAGCGGCUUCCGAUCGUUCAAUCCCAACUCAGGCUUUGCAAACGUCGGCAACGAGCUCGGUCUUUCCCAGGCAAUCAUCAUACCCCCCAAUGCCUCCCUAGUCGUUACUUCUGGUCAAUGCGGGUUUAAAAACGACCUUAGUCUACCAGUAGAUGUACGGGAGCAGGUUAUGCUCGCAUGGGAGAAUGCGGACAAGACGCUCAAGGCAGCUGGCGUUGUAGAAGGAUGGAAAAACGUCUACCAAAUUGCUUCAUUUGCGCCGUCGCUGAAUGAUGAGUGGGUCGAUGCUAUGAUGGAAGCUAAGGCGAAGUGGAUGGGUGAUAAUCGGCCGGCUUGGACGGGGGUUGCUGUUGCUGGGCUUUAUAAUAACGCUGCUGUUGAGAUGACUUUUCGGUAA